UGGGAAAAGGUAAUUUUAUAUGCUAAAUGAUGAAUUACCAAGCUUCGAGUCAAGCGUUAAUAGUGGUUUUUCAUGAUGUUUUUUCACUUCUUAAUACUUGUACAGGUUCUUCUUUAUUCUAAGUGUCUCGGGGAGGCAAUGUUGUAACUAAUUUAUUCAGCAAGAAGGCUCUAAUGGCCUAUUGUGGAGAUUUGGAGUGAAAUGUGUCGCUCAAGUGCAAAGGCGAAUUUAGGGGUGGGCGAAGAUGGGCUGCAGUGUACCAUACUACUUUAAGCCCAGCACAAAAAAAAAAAAAAAAAAAAUAUUAAUGGUGGCCCAUCCCAAAUUAGCCCAAUUCAAAGUUAGCUCACCCCAUUCAGAAAUGCUGGAUACGCCGGCUCCUAAAUGCUGUAUUCUCUGACUGUAAUUCUCAUUGUUCUUAAUGUCAUGGUUUGUCUUGGUGAAGAAAAAAAAUAUCAUAAAAAAACCAAUGUUCACAGUGACAUUUCAUUCGUUUUGAAGUAAGAUAAGAUAUAUUGUUAAAAAAUCAAAAAAAAAAUAAAAUUAAAUAACAAAAAAAAUAAAAAAAUUAAAUUAUUAGCUAUGGAGUAUAAUUUUUAUGUCCAUGAGAAGAGCAUAAAGUAUACCACUCUUUUUUUUCUUUUUUUUUUUCUUUUUCUUUUUCUUUUUUUCAUAAAGUACACCUACUAAAUAUUACCCAAAACUCCAAGGUCAUCAAGGUCACAUAUUUCUUUAACAAGGGCAGUUUCGUAGUAACGCAUUUUUAGAAAGUUAGUUACGCCAUUUUCAUAUAGGCCUUCUCUUUCUAUUUUAAUAAGGCCUUCUCUUUCUAUUUUAAUAAUAAUAAAAAAUAAAAAUUAAUAAUAAACAUUUUCUUCAUUUUCCAGAUUCUCCAUAGAGCCAAUGAUGAUUUCCUCGCGGUUUUUCUCGUUUGCCGUUUCAUUUUCUCCGAAAUGUCGGAUUGCCAACACUUCUAAUCCGUUCCAUUGAAAGAUUUUCUACUUUAAGGGUGCUACCGUAGUUCUACCCCAGUUCAGUUGUCCAGAAUCAAUGGGAAAUUGCUUAGCCAAAUUAUCUGGACAAAAAAAUGAUAAUGACGAGUGUAUAACAGGAGAUUUUACCAGUAAAAAUGUUCACCUCAUAACAACCAUUCAAAGCUGGGAAGAAAAGCUUUCAGAAGCAAACAGGGAUGGCAAGAUAGUUGUUGCAAAUUUCAGUGCAGCAUGGUGUAAUCCUUGUAGAGUGAUAGCACCGGCCUACUGUGACCUUGCUGAUAAAUAUCGUUCUAUGAUAUUCUUAACCGUGGAUGUUGAUGAGCUAACUGAGUUUAGUACGUCAUGGGAUAUCAAAGCCACGCCAACCUUCUUCUUCCUCAAAGAUGGAAGGCAAGUGGACAAACUUGUUGGAGCCAACAAGCACGAGCUACAGAAGAAGGCUGCUGUCAUUGCUGAAUCUACAACCAGGCACAAGUAAUCGAUUAUUUCAUAAUUAUGUCCCGAUCUCACAGAGAGUGCUAUGUACAAUUUUGUAGACAGCUGAAAUGGUACUGCCAUGCCCCCAAAAUUUACGUGCCAGAUUCCAUUAAAUGUGUGCAUAAUUUGAGAUGUUUGUCACCAACACAAUUUUACAAUUAACUCUUCAAUAAAUUUUGUCCAUAUAAUUUCCAG